GGCGGUGGUGGAUUUUUCCCUAACGAAUCCCCCUUAUUUAGUGACGACAUGCUCCGCAUUAUCUCCGAAUUAUUAGGAUCGUUUUUGUUGAGCAAAUUUAGGGUGUUUGGUCUUGUAGGUUUCGAUUGUACCAUAGUCGAAGGUUCCGCUUGCUUGAAAGUACUCAUUAGAGGAUUAAGAUUGAGUACCAAAUCAGCGUCUGGGCUUGAAGCUGAAGAAGGCGGAGGACUAUAACUCCAGAAUUCCUAUAAAUAAAAAUAUCUUUUUAAUCUGAAACAUAUUAUCUAUAUAAAAAAAUCUUACUUGUCCUAGUAAAGCCAAAGACGAUAGUUGUUGCCUACUUUUUGAGUCUCUAAUGGAUUUGGGCAAUAUUAAUUGUACUGGUAACUCGUCGCAACAACUUGCAUAAUGAGCUAUAAGUGCAGCCAUGUCUACAAAGCGAUUUUCGCUCGUUUCCAGGCCUAAUCUUCCUUCUGAGCUGUGAAUCAAGUAGUGCUCAAUAUACGGGCCUAUAGAAAAAUCAAUAUAGUUUUUCAAAAAAUCCAAUAAAAUCAUUAAUAACUUACCUUUAUCUGGAGGAAGUCUAACAGAUAGAGCCAUCGUAUCUGAUUGUGAAGAUUUUCGCACAACGAAACAACCCUCUUCUUUGCCUUGGAGCAAAUGGAAAGCUCCGGCUCGUUGGAUUCCAGGCAAAAACCAAAUUGGGUGGGAAAGCACUAGGCGUUCCAUAAGACUAAUAUCACAUGUUGCACCAUAACCUACGGAGAAUAAAAUAGAACAAUCUUAUAUCAGAACACACUAUAAAACUUACAAUUUAAUAAUAAUUCAAUCAAAGGAUGCAUUAGGUAUAAUACUAUCACUGUUACUAUCUAUCGAGUGCGGUUUAAAUAAUAAAAAUUUAGCUUUUAUAAAUAAAAUUAUCGCGGUUUAGGAAACAGGAAAUUGAAAACAAAAAAUAUUAAUUACCUUCUUCCUCGCUACCUUCACUGCUAGCAUCCGAACCUCCAUUUGAAGAAAUCAAAGAUUCUCUUGAAGAGUUUACAAUAGGAGGUCCGAUGGCCCUUAAUGGAGGUGGUGAAGGUGAAGGAGCUCCUACCGAAACGCUGUGACGGUUAUUUAGGCUCUGAAGGUUUGCUUGUGUACAAGUGGAAAUUGAUUGUUCCAGAAUCCUGGUAUGAGCCUAAAAUUGGAAAUAUUAAACAAUUCCUCAAGUCACAUGAUUACCCAAUUGAAACUCAUCAAGUUAAAACAAACGAUGGAUAUAUUUUAACAAUGCAUCGUAUACCAAAUAAAAAAUCAAAUAAACCACCAGUAUUUCUAAUGCAUGGUUUAUUAUUGAGUUCCAUCGAUUGGGUGGUUAUGGGCCCAGGCAAGUCUAUAGGCCUCAUUUUGGCCGAUGCGGGCUACGACGUUUGGCUAGGCAAUAACAGAGGCAAUACGCAUUCUAGGAAUCAUGAAUAUCUGGAUGGGACACUACAAAAGGAACAAUUUUUCAAUUAUAGUUAUCAUGAAAUUGGUUUAUAUGAUCUACCAGCGAUGAUUGACUACGUCAUAGACCAAACAGGCUACCCAAAAAUAAAUUAUAUUGGAUUUUCCGAGGGUGUAACUUCGUUUUUAGUAAUGGGUAGUCUAAAGCCAGAAUACAACGAGAAAAUUUUGCUAAUGAACGCUUACGCACCUGUAACUGACGCUCAUAACAUUACAAAUGUGUUUUUCAAUCUGUUGGCAAUUAGUCCUAAAAUUUUAGGAUUGGCAGAAUUAAUUGGUUGGCAUGAAAUGUUUGACUUAAGUACUUCUCCAUUAUUUAGACUUGUAUGCCAAAUCAAGCCAUUGUGUGAUGUUUUCUUCAAUUUGAUUGGAAUUUCCCAAAAUCAACUUGUAGAUCAGGAGCUUCAAUUAGCGUUGUUAUCCAACUUUCCAGCUGGAAUGUCUUUGAAACAAAUUAGACAUUACGUACAAGGAACACGUACAGGGAAUUUUACAUUUUUUAAUUCAAAAGAUGUGUAUGAUUUAACAAAAGUAACUGCUCCUAUGAUUAUUUAUUAUGGAGAAGCUGACAAUUUGAUUAAUAAUGAGGUUCUUCUCAAUUUAGUAGCCAAGCAACUUCCAAAUUUGGUACAAAUUCUCAAAGUUCCUUACGAGGAAUUCAACCAUAUGGAUUUUCUUUGGGGAAAAGACACUUACUUACUAGCAAAAAAAACUCUUAAAAAUAUUGAUUCAUUCAAUUCUAAUUGAAAAACAAAAUAAAAUUAUUAUUACAGCAUUAA